AUGGGUUUUUUAAAGGAUAGCAAAGAUGAGUUGGAAAUAAUGUCUACAAAUUUUGAAGAGAAUGCCGGUUACUUGGAAUUAAUUCGAUGUGGUGAUAAAAAAGCCGUAAAUAUUGCAAAAAGAAUAAUGCAAUUGCAGAAUGAYUUAACUAAUUCGCAAACUUACUGUGGAGCUACACAAUCAAAAGAAAUGGAAGUAUGUAAGAUACAAGAACAGUUAACAGAAAUGUUGGCACAAUAUAAACAAACUGUGGCUGAGUUACUCAAAUUGGCUGAAACUAAUAAUUUCGAAAUUGAAAACCUGGAAUAUCGAAAAAUUGACAUUGCUCAACAUACCAAACCGAACAAUUGUAUGACAUCAGUAGUCAAAGCAUCUAUAAAAUACGACCGCUUAACGAUAUUAAAAACACAAGUCUGCCAGCUACAAAAACAAUUGUUUGAACUCAAUUCAGCAAAAUCCCACGAUCCAGAAGUGGCCAGUUCAAAUGAAAAAUAUUUGAUUGAAAGCUUGAGAAGUCGUUUGCAAGAGGCAAUAGAGGAAAAAAAUAGCAUGCAGAUAGUACUCGAUUUUCAUCUGACUGAAAUUGAGGAYAAAAAAUCAAAAUUUUUGGCAGUUCUUCAAACAAAUCAAGAACAAAAAUAUCGCAUCGAAAGUAUUUGUCGGGAAAAAAAUACAAUUGCUGAAGAAUAUGAAACGGAAUUUAAUCGAAUGAAUAUUGAAUCCGGGGUGGCGAGGACUAAAGCUAACAUGGUAAAAUGGAAGUUUAAUGGAGAAGAUGACACAUGCGUCUGUGGAGAACGACAGACCGAUGAAUACCUUUUGUCAUGUACCACGARUCCAGUACAAUGCACAAGAGAAGAUAUGAUUCUGACAAACACAAAUGCAAUAGAGGUGGCCGCUGACUGCAGUUACUGGUCAGCUACGAUACUGACAUUGGAAGCUAAUUUGGAGGAAAACAAGCGACUUUAUAAAGAACGAACCCACUAUUCGUUACAAUUGAAAGAGACUUUAGAUCUUGUGAGAAAAGAAGCCGCUCUACAAGUGACAGAAAUCAAAAAUUUUUCUGAAUGUCAGAUGCUUAAACAUGUUGAAUAUAUAAAAGAGUUAGAACAAAAGUUGGUCGAACAAAGAGCAAUAGCAUGUUUAGAAUUUCAAAAACGUGACCAAAUUGAUGAACGUUUAAGAAAUCAAAUAGAAGUAUUGACAACAAAUUUAAAUGAAGCACAAAAACAAAUAGGAUUAAUAAUYAAUGCAAAACAUUCAAUGGAAGAUAAAAUCAGAGAAGAUGUAUGUAAAAUCCCUAGGGUACUAAAUUCAGUGUGUAAUAUUUUAAAUACUCCAAACCAUUUAAAUACACUAAAAGACAAUUAA